UGAUUACUCGCUGGGACCUGGUGUUAGCUGAGUAUUACCAAUGGGGGAGAGAACUGUAUGUAAACAAUACAGUUCUCUCCUCUGUCAGCUCCUGCACACUGCUUUGUAUGGCAUAGCAGAGCAAUACAAAGCACACUGCUUACAGUUGAAAAACACACACAGCUUACUGUGAAACAGCACACAGUUAAUCCUUUGAUCGUCCCACAUGUUAACCCCUUCCUGCCCAGUGCCAUUAGUACAGCAUCAGUGCUUUUUAUUAGCACUGAUCACUGUAUUGGUGUCACUAGGGAUGUCAGUGACACCAAGUCAGUUCCCCACCAUUGUCAGAAUGCCCGCCGCAGUCCCGCUAUAAGCUGCUGA